CAAGAAUAUGAUUGUCCUUUACAUGAACAAAAAUAAAGAUUUCCGAAAAGACUAUCCGGAUUACACUGACAUCAGCCACCUGGUGGCCAUCAGCUGUUACAAGGAACCAGUAGAACUGAUUGCAAGAAGCGUUCAGACUUUAGCAGACCAGACCGAAGUCGGGCGCAUCUCCAUGGUGAUUUCCUUUGAAGAGAAGACACCGGAAGUGCAAACAAAAUGCGAUAAACUUCGUGAGAUUUUUAAGGAUGCUGGUUUCGAGCGUCUAAUUUUCACCAUUCACCCGUUUGGUCUUCCAAAUGAGAUCCCAGGAAAGUGUUCCAAUGCCAAUCACGGCCUCCGUCAGGCGACGCAGGUAAUGCAAGAGGAGCUUGGGGCACACUUCAAUGCUGAAAAGAUUAUCGUCACCACUUGUGACGCCGACUCAUACUUCCACCCUAGCUACAUCGCAGCUCUGACUUCCAAGUUCAUGAAAGAGAAGACCCCUCAUGGAGUUUUAUUCCAGGCACCCUUGUUCUACAACUGGGGUUUGGAUGGAAGCAGCUUUGUCACCCGUGUCACCGGUCUUCUCCGUACCACUUUAAUGAUGGGGGCUCUCAUCCCAUUCAACAUCAAUUCCAUGAGCAUUUUCUCCUUUUCCCUGUGCUUGUGUAUUGAUGGAAACUUUGUUCACCCCGCCUACCAUAUGGAUGAUAUUAUCUGCCUGAUCCGAUGGAUGGGCGUAACUCGUCGCCGCCUCCGUAUUCCGAUGAUUCCGAUCCCUGUCAUCAGCGGACCCACAUCCGGUGAGACCGUGGAGCUAGAAGUGGCUGAGUGGGCGCGUCAAGCCAGAAGAUGGACCAUUGGUGCAGCUGAAGUCUUCCACUACUACGUAAUUAAAGCUGGUCGCAUGCCUUUCUGGCCUGCUUUCUCCUGGGGUCUUUGUUUCCUUUCCUACUACGGCAUCUUGCUUUGCUCGGCAGGGUUGUACAGUAUCUCUGCCGGUUUGUCCAUGGCUCUCCUUGUGAAAGACUCACCGUUCUACAUUAACUACGUGAUGUACGGUUUGGCUGGGCUCCAGCAACUCGCUUUUCUUGGGGUCUUCAUGAUGGACGUUUUCGGACCAAGAUUGAUGAAGGUCAAAGAGCAUAUUAGUUUCGUUCGUAACUUUCUUCAUUUUCUCCUCACCCCGCUGGUGCUAUUAGGGUACUCCUUGGUGGAGUUCUACGCCCUGCACGAGGUUGCUAUCAGAGGAAAAGAAGUCUGCAAACAUGGCGCAUCAAAGAAAAGUGCACUCGGAGUUGUUUAAUUGAUAGUCGUGUACAGACCUCAAAAGGAAGUCGUAAAAAAACUAAACCAGAGGGGCAAUCAUAUCAGUGGGGACCACGCUUGCAAGCUACACUCUUUGGGAAUCCGCAUGCCAGAUGUCGGUACUCACGUGCUUGUCUCAAUUGUCACAGUAAUUCAAGAGAAAUGUGUAUAAAAUAACCAGACAAAUAUCUAUGAACAUCUAUUGAGAAAAACAUUUAACUGUGAUCCUGAUACAGGGUAACCAUCUAAUCAGUUGAUAUUUUAUCAUAUCAUUGAUUAUAAUGAUGUUUCAUAACCAUUCUGUUCAGUUUUGAAUUGCACAUAACACGGCUUCAGUGACGGCUUUAUUUAUUGUCAACGGAGUUGUCGAUGGGAUUCAUGUUACAUUGUUCUGAACAGUCGUACUUAUAGACUCACUGUCUCAUUUAGGCAAAUUUAAUUCAUUCCAAAUACAUAACGUUCAUUUGUCAUUAAAUUAUUUUAACUUUAGAAGAAAGUAAAUUGACUGAAUAUUAAUACGUUUAUGUCGUUUGGCUUAAGUUUUAUCGUCUAACGUAAAAUCGUUUAUUAUAAUGUUACUGUUUAUAAUGUAUGCAUUAUGGAGGAGCGUAUUAUUGUAGUUUUAUUCAAUUUAAUUACACUAAUUACAAUAAGGUUUUCAUGAAGUUAAGGCUAACUCCAAAUGAGAACAUCUCUAUAAGAAACUCAAACUGUUUUAUCAUGGUUAUUUUUCUUAUCCUAUUGUUAUAACUUGAUUGUAUUAUAUUUAUUUUUUGCAUUUAGACUUCUGGUAAGCGACUGAUUGUUUUGCAACUGGCUUGAGUAUCACCAUUGUUUUAGUGGUGGAUUUGUUACAUCAUAACCGUGUAUUUCUGUGUGUAUAUAGCAUUUAACGUAUAAAUAACCUUAGCGCACUUAAAAUUCAUUUCAGCAUUUUUGUUGACGUUGAAGGCAAUGAAGUACGAAACAAUAAAGCACCUGUCCAAAAGAGAGUCU